AUGUCACCAGCAGAAUGGCGAUGCGAUAACUCGGGAAAUGUCAAGGGUUUCGUCAAGAGAAAGGGCGAUUCAAACCCCCUGAACUGGGGAUACCAUGUGGAUAAGAAGAUUUUGGAUCAUCCAAAGAUUGGCAUGAUCAAGACCAAUGUUGCUAAGCCUGAGAAGAAAGAGAAUAAGUGCGAUGAAUGCGUCAAGAAGGCGAAGGAGGCGAAGGAGGAGAAAAAAGAGAAAAAGAAGAGUGAGAAGAGUAAGAGUGGCGGAGGGUGUGCGGUGUCAUAG